AUGACCUACGUGACGCCGUGCAGGGGGAUCAUGUCCCUGUCCAACCCCUUAUCCCAUGGGUUGUUGAAGGACCUUGGCAAACUCUCGGAGUUGAAACUACGAGGACUGAUUCUUGACCGUCACUUCGAGACGAUAAAGGCACAUACGGGUGUCUUCAACGAAGAAGAGUGGAUCACGCAGAUUGAUGGAGAGGCCCAGGGUAUUACCAGCAGCACCCGUCCGCCAUUUUUAACGCCACAAGAUGCGGGCGGCGCGAUCACGCAGAUUGAUGGAGAGGCCCAGGGUAUUACCAGCAGCACCCGUCCGUCGUUUUUAACGCCACAAGAUGCGGGCGGCGCGCGAGGUGCACCGUCUUCGCACCCACCGCCUGCUACUGCUGCGGCUGCCGGGAAGAGAAAGGUCGCAGAUCGGGGGAAGCAAGCCAGGGAUCGAGCUGCCCAAGGUGUUCUAGGUGGCAACAUCAUCAACGCAUUCGCUCGUGGCAGCGGAAAACCGAUUGAGCAGACUCGCGGUGGUGUCACAGAGCAUGUGUCCGGUAUCAACUUCCCACCUCCGGCCCCGGAGCGGCGCCUACCGUGCCCUCACUGUCCCAUGACCUUCGCGAACGAGCAAGGACUUGGGAUCCACGUGAAAACACAGCACAGCAAUGCAAACAUGUCCAACGGCUUGCGGCUGCAGCGGAUGCUAGGGAAGACUCCCAAAGGGUAUGUUCAGCCGUGGGGAGAAGCCGGGCCUGGACGUUGUUGGCACGUGAAGGUCGAUGGUGCGACGGGGGCGGCUUCGUUCGUCCUCCAACGGAAGCGCUUCCGCGAUCUCGACUUGGAAAGCGACGGCUUUACGGACCGCAAAGUCAAGGAGACUCGUGGAGCUGUGAAGCGCAAGCGAUACGAUUCAGACCUCUUCAAGGAGGAGCAGCUCACGCCUCUCCAGUACUUAGAGGACCGUCUCAAGGUUAACUACAGCCUGAUCGUGAAGUGGGCUCAGGACGAGGCCAAUAUAGUCCAAUCGGCAGCAGAUGACGUGAAGAAGACCCUCCUUGCCAAACAGCAGCCAAAGCGGUGGUUUCCUGAGGAAGAGAAGAAGCUGUACAAUAUGUUCUUGGCGCGGCGGAGGAGGAAGCUGAAGGUGUCGACCCUGUGGCUGACGGUCACGUUCCGGAAGCUCGUGCAAGAGAAUCACCCUGAGGACCAACGGGCGGCGGCGUUCAGCGCGUCCUUCAGGUGGGCACGAAAAUGGGCAAAGAGGCAUAAGCUGUCCAAACGGCGCAGGAGCAACCUCAAGAACAAGUCUGUUGAAGAGCGCCUACCAAAGAUCCAGCGCUUCCACCGGCGGUUUCGCAAGCUCCUGCAAGAGCCGGUACGGUACAGGGCACCCGAGGCAUCGGACGUGUCGGCGAUGUCGACGGUCGCGGAGGGAGAGUCCAGAGAUCCCAAGUACGGUCAGUUCCAGCUCUGGGAGCGUUGGAAUGUGGAUCAAGUGCCUUUGCCAUUCGUGAACGGGCUGAUCAGCACGUGGGAGAAGACAGGCGCGUUGCGUGUAGCCAUCUCGCAGCCCUUUGCUGGCCUAGAGAAAAGGCAGUGCACCAUGCAAGUCAUCUUUGGUCCGGGUGAGAAGACUAUGCGGAUUUCGGUGAUUUUCCGAGGCCAGGGGAAGCGGAUUUCGCCGGUGGAGAAAGCCGCGUACCACAAGGACGUGGACGUGUUUUUCCAGGAGAAUGCGUGGGCGGACCAAAAGUUCUGCAUGGAGUGGGCCAAGAGGUCGUACCGCGAAGGCCUGAUCCGCGGGCGGGGUGAGCUCCCCAAGGCGAGGUCCAUUCUGAUAAUGGACAACUUGCACGCGCAGACCACGGACGAGUUCAAGGGGUAUCUUGCGAAGCAGUGCAACACUAUCGCCUGGCUUGGCCCUGCGGAGUGCACGGACGAGGUGCAGCCAGUUGAUGCAGGAGCCGGACGAUUUCUCAAGGUGGAAGUUGGUAACGAGAUGGACAAGUGGCUCGAUCAGUCGGACAACAUCGAGAGGUGGGAAACCGCGUCGCUGACAGCAUCUGACCGGCGCGUACUGAUCACUCAAUGGACGGGAGCGGCCAUGGCAAAACUCAACAGCAAUCAGGGGUACCGACACCGCCUUUUCGAAAAGUGCGGGAUGGCGAUGACCGUGGACGGCUCAGGCGAUGAUCGAAUCACCUUGGAGGGUUUGGACCAGCCGUACACCUUCGCAAACGAUGAAGACUCCAGCGAGAACGAAGGAGGUUCGGAGGACGGCAGCGAUGGGCCCGAGGGGCGGGAGGAGGAGGGCGCCGGAAGGCGCGAGCCGGUCGUCGGGGAUGAGCGCAACGGUGCCAACAGCGGGGAGGGCAUGGAGGGCGCUGGAUACAGCGAUGAAGACGACGACAACAUGUCUCAAUCCCAGACCGACGAGCUAGCUCUUUUGGACGAGGACGACAGCAUGGACCCAGACGACCCGGAGGACGAGACGCAGGGAAUGGAGAUCCCGGCGGGCUUUCGCCUUCAAGAAUCUACCCCCGCUGCUCUUGACAGAUUUCUUUUGCAACGUGGGGUGCUUGUUCGGCUGGGCAUGGGGUGGUUCGGUGGGUUGAUCAUUCAGCAAUCUCCGCAGCGCCACCUUUACGAUUACUGUGUGCAGCUGGAAGUAGACCACAGUACGCGCAAUACGAAGCUGCCCUUCGACAAGUACAGCGGAGAUCCGGACGCGGCGGUAGGCUCAUGGGUUUUGCUUGAGAGCGUCAGUAGGGCGGGAAGGGUACGCACCCCCAACGUCACUCUUGUGGACCAAGACGGUUGACAGUUGCCCCAUGGGGGGGUGUUUGCGGGUAUGAAACUCUGCGUCGAGUGCAGUUGAGUAGUGCACCAAUUGAGCAAUCGAUGAUGAAAUAAGAACAAGAACACCGUUUCUGGAGACAACUGGACGACGAAAUAAGAACCUGGCAAAUAAGAACUUGUGCUCGGCUUGGGGCAGCCAACAAGAAGCGAGCCUCGCUCCAAAUAAGAGGUUCUUAAGUGCGGGCCGGUUCUGUAUCUUGGCAUGUCAGGAAUGGUA